CAAAAGAUACCAAAUAAACCAACCACCUUAAAUUUCUUUCAAUCAUCAAAGUAUCAUAUUCUUAGUGUUUGUCUCCUUCAAUUUCAACUUUAACAACCAUGGAGAACAUUGGUGAUGAGUACAAGCAUUACUGGGAGACCAACAUGUUCUUCCAAACUCAAGAGCUUGAUAGCUGGGGAUUGGAUGAGGCUUUAUCAGCAUAUUAUGAUUCAAGCUCACCAGAUGGUGCAGCAUCAUCAGGAGUUUCAUCUAAGAACAUUGUCUCUGAGAGGAAUAGGAGAAAGAAGCUUAAUGAAAGACUCUUUGCACUUAGAGCAGUGGUCCCAAACAUUAGCAAGAUGGAUAAAGCUUCAAUAAUUAAGGAUGCUAUUGAGUACAUACAGCUGUUGCAUGAGCAAGAAAAGGUUAUUCAAGCUGAGAUAAUGGAACUUGAAUCAGGGAUGCCUAAUAAUAUUAAUCCAAGCUAUGAUUUUGAUCAAGAGCUUCCUAUGUUGCUAAGGUCCAAGAAGAAGAGAACAGAUCAGUUAUAUGAUUCUGUCAGUUCAAGAAACUUUCCAAUUGAAGUCCUUGAGCUUAGGGUUACAUACAUGGGAGAGAAUACAAUGGUAGUGAGCUUGACAUGUAACAAAAGGGCAGACACAAUGGUAAAAUUGUGUGAAGUUUUCGAAUCUUUGAAGCUUAAAAUUAUUACUGCCAACAUCACCUCUUUUUCAGGCAGGCUUUUGAAGACAGUCUUCAUUGAGGCAAAUGAGGAAGAUAAAGAUCAAUUGCAAACGAAUAUCCAAACAGCCAUUGCAGCUCUUAAUGACCCUCUAAGCCCUAUGAGCAUCUAAUGAAGUGCUUAUUUGUAAUCAUCAUUUUCAAGCCACUAGUAUAUAAGUUUAGGAUUUGAGGAACCGUGGCUUUUAUAUUUUCAUAGCAGUUAAUCAUCAUUAGUUUCUUCUUCCUACUCAAUUUUCCAAUUAUUAAGGAGUUUUGUUAUCUUGAAAAGUUUGCAAGUUUUCUUCUCUUUUCAUCCAUUUAUGUCUUAACAUGUUAUGCUUAAUGCAAUAAAAGUUCAUUUUAAACAA